UUUUUCCCAAAGGUCUGUGCUUUUUCCUAUAUUGUAAAAUAAAAUAACAUUUAGAUUCGAUCCGUAGCUUGUCAUUAUAAUAGGAAAUCACAAAAUGGUGAAAAAUAAAAUGAUUGCGAAGAGCUGCCCGAAGUGUUACUCUCAGGUAGCUGUAGCCUCUAAGUCAUGUAAGUGCGGUCACACAUUCUUCGCGGCUCGGCGCGCGGCUGACGCGCUGCCGGCGGUCGAAGAGAUGCGUCGGCGAACUAGCAGAGUGUGUCGACCGCAGCCACAGUUCUACGAUGCUGUGCAUUACGAGAAGCAGAAGAAACGGUCGCCUAAAAAGAGAUCAUUGUCGCGGUCUAUAGAUGAAGAAUAUAAAAAGGAGAAGAGUGAAUCAGCGACGGCGCGCGCGCGGCGGCGCGCGCGCGCGGCGGGCCGCGGCCGCGCGCGAGGCGCCGCCCGCCGGCGCCGGCGCGGGGAGCGCCCGCGCGACCCCACCCCGCUCCUGCGCCCCGCGCAGCUCGCCACCUGCGCGCUCAUCCUGCAGGAGAUUAAUCGCAAAAUGCAGUGCGUCACCUGGCAGCCACAACUUUAGAUCACACGUACCUCCACAUCUUUUUGUUUAGCAGUUGCAGAAUGGCAGUUAAGACCUGGCCAGAAAUAUAUGGCUAUUGUCAGGAGGGCGCUAUUAUUCUGAUGUAUGGGGUGACGUUCAGUAUAGUACUCAGACGAAGGAUACUAUAGAAUUGACGCAAGCGUACACCCGUAAGGGACA